ACAUUAAAUUAACGAAGUAUGAAAUCAGCACUUCUCUGUAAUAGUAAACUUUCAUUAGAGAACUUCAUACGCGGGUACCAUGUUUUGGAUCACAUUUAUAUUUCUUGUAGUCACUUCAAAGGUGAGUUGUGAGCCUCAGUCUCUAAGGAUUCUGUACGGCCGGGACGCAGAGGAAGGAGAAUUUUCAUACGUCGUUGCACUUUUUUCAAUGAACUCAAAUGAAGACAGAAUAUUAGCCCCGAGGCAGUGUACGGGAUCCGUGAUUGCCAAAGACUGGGUACUAACCGCCGCCCACUGCCUGUUAUUCGCAAAACUAGAAAACCUAUACGUUUUGCACACAAACUUCACCGUGUCUCCUCUGAUCAGCAAACAGUAUGCGAAAGCAAUCAAGUUUUUCAUACAUCCUGGGUUUAGUACAUAUGCUUUCAAUAAUGAUAUCGGUUUGUUACAAGUGGAUAAGUUGGAAAUGAACAGCUACGGGCAACUGUUAGCAGUAGAUCAUUUGACUAUGAUAGGACUACCUGUGACGUAUGUCGGCGCUGGGAGCACACGCGAAACCAAAGGUGGAGACGAUGCCCUCAGGCCCCUGCAGGUCGGCGAAGCUGGGAUCACGACCUGCCCGAGCGAGGUUGUAGAAAACUACUACCGGGUUCGGCAGAAAUACAUCAUUUGCUUGGCUGCCACAACUGACAACAUCUUUCAGAUCCCCUUCUACGGGGACUCCGGUGGGCCCCUGCUGUUUGAAGAUCGGAUAGUCGGCGUUUGCUCUAUUGGCUCUGGGAAAUCCUUCUUGAAUGGUGACAGCUACGCGGCGGUCAGCCCUCAUUUAACUUGGAUAUAUAACGUUUUGCACAAUAAGUACUAGCUACUAUGAUUCAGUUUAGAUGUUUUAUUAAGUACGUGGUUAAUUCUGUUGAUAUUUGACAGUUAUUUUCUGUAUUGGUUAGCUGGCUUUAUUAGAAGUUAUAAUUUAGAAUAAUGAAUAGAUUUAUUUUUUUAAUAUUUAAUGGUCUAACAGCAAGUGUGACGCUUAGCAAAAUAUUAUUAUAAAGGAUCAUACUGUGUUGGUUUUCUUCAAGUGAAAUGUAGAGACAAAUAGCUGUUAUAGAAUGCGCCUUAGUCGUAUUGUUCUUGCGUCGCAGUGACUAGUACCAAGUGUGUCAGUUUGUUACGUCUCCUUAUCAAAAUAUAUUCUUGUUAUUGUAUACAUGACCACUAAGUGCACAAAAACCUUCACUUACAUUUUUAAGACAUAAAUUGACUUGUUUUAUAAGGCAAAUAAAUGUUGAACAUGAUUUUCAAAAUAAUACUCUUUCAGUUGCACCUGUUCGUGUUUGUCGAGAUAUUUAUCAUGUUUCUUCCCACCUUAGUUUUGAGCUAUUUCAAGUUUAAAAUAGGAGUUGGUGACGUACUAAAUAAGUGGAAUUUUAUUUGACUGAACGUAAUCAUAAAAUUAUAGCAAUAGGGAACUGAUCUUUUAUAAAAGUAUUACAUGUCUGCUUUUUAUCCCUAAUAGGCUUUUUUCAACCCCAUUAUGGCAAAUAUUUUUGGAAGUUCAUUAGGGACCGGAUCAUGAGGGGUGUUUUUUAACUUAUGCCUAGGAAUAAUAAGCUUAUUCGUAUAUAAUUUUUCAAAC